AUGGAGGUGCGGUAUGGGCAGGAGAGAGACACUAUGGUGCUGAAGAGCGUCCUGAAGGAGGGGAAGGAGGGCAAGGAGACGACGGGAAGCCUCUCCAAGAGCCUCCUGAAGGAGCCGCAGGAUUCCUUUUCUGGCUCCGGGACGGGGGAGAGCUGCGAAAACACCCGGGGGGGCACAGGAGACCCUGACUACUGCCGACGCAUCUUGGUCCGAGAUGCAAAGGGCUCCAUCAGGGAGAUCAUCCUGCCCAAAGGGCUGGACCUGGACCGGCCCAAGCGCACGCGGACCUCCUUCACGGCGGAGCAGCUCUACCGGCUGGAGAUGGAGUUCCAGCGGUGCCAGUACGUGGUGGGCCGUGAGCGUACCGAGCUGGCCCGCCAGCUCAACCUGUCUGAGACCCAGGUGAAGGUAUGGUUCCAGAACCGGCGCACCAAGCAGAAGAAGGACCAGGGCAAGGACUCAGAGCUGCGGUCGGUGGUGUCGGAGACGGCCGCCACCUGCAGCGUGCUGCGGCUGCUGGAGCACGGCCGGCUGCUCACCCCCCCGGGGCUCCCGGGCCUGAUGCCCCACUGCGGAGGCCCCGGCGGCGGCGGCGGCGGAGGUUCCCUGGGGGCGGCGCUCAGGGGCCCCUCCCUCAGCGGCAACGGGGGCCUCCUGGGCGGGGGUGGAGGAGGCCUGGGAGGAGGCGGUGGGAGCGCGCGGGCCGCCGGCGGGAGCCCCCCGUUGCCCGUGGUCAGCAGCUCGGGUACGGUGGUGGGGGGCGGCGGUGGGGGGGGCGCGUCCACACACGGGCUUUUCAGCUUCCCCAUGCCCUCGCUGCUGGGAGGCGUGGCCGGACGCAUCGCCGGCAGCCCGCUCGCCAUGGCCGGCUCGCUGGCGGGAAACCUGCAGGAACUGUCGGCGCGCUACCUGAGCUCGUCGGCGUUCGAGCCGUACUCGCGGACCAAUGGCAAGGAGGCCUUGGACAAGAAGCUCCUGGAAUGA